CUAAACUAAUUCAACUAAGAUGGAGAUCAGCAGUGUCAUCCUCAGUAUCAUUACUACCAUGAUCCUGAUUUUCUCUUCUCUCUUAGGAUCUGCUCAGUCAAGAAUCCUCAUACCUCGUAAUGAAGCGAUAAUGGUCAACCGGCCUGCAAUCUCGCCACCUCCAUCUCCAAAACCCUCUCCACCACCCAGACAAGCCAUGAAUCCAUUUUUGUGGUCUGCAACCACAUAUGACUUCUACAAAUUCACAGCGUUUGUCUUUCCUAGUACUAAGAGUUUGAAGAAUUUGUUCGCUUUUGCUGAUAACAACAGCGGCUGUUGUGGCCGCAGUAAUCCACCAAAACCGCCUUCUCCGGACCCGAACCCUCCGGACAGGCAGAUUGACGGCGACCAGAAUGUGGUGGCGACCGGUGAUUAUAGGACACCAGCAUCACGGUCUUUGCCCUGGGCGUUACCACUUUCAGCGUCGUACUACGUUAAUAAACUCAAAAGCUUUAUCUUUCCACCUACUAUUAUUGGUAGUAAUAAUUGGUACGGCCGCGAGAGCCCGAAAUCCCCUCCAUCCCUGACGGCGAACACUCCUGGCAGGCAGAUUGACGGCCACAAAUUACAGGUUGAAUAG